UGAAAGACUUCAAAAAGUAAGCUGUAUGGGAGAUGACAUUGUACUUACAUUUCCGUGUUAUUUGCUUUCUUCUGACAUUCUUAAACUAUGCUUCUGGAUUCGCUAUCAACGAGUAUUCCAAUCCAACUGGAUAUACACAUGAAAACAUCACGCGAGGUGCUCUUGAUAGAGUAGCUUCAAUUUACAUAGCAACAAUACUGAGACCUGGAAGAUUUGAUUUACAAAAUCAGACAACUGAAGAAAUUUUAAAGCAGUACUUUGAGGAAGUGCCAUCAGCUGGUAACAUUUACGACAAUGCUGUUGACGAUAUUGUUAAAGGAUUAGAAGAUGCUGAAAAAAAAGUACAGACAUCAGCUAAAUACAGUAUGAACAAUGAGAUGAUAACUGAAGGAAAUAUGUACCUGAAUCUCAAACGAUCCCAAAUAGAAAGCCUAAGCACAGAUUCCAGUCCAAACUGGUCAGUUGUACGCAUGGUUGUAGGAGAUUAUCUAUAUACUCUUCAAGACUUUUACUCAAACACAAAUUGGGUUGAGCUCGGCGGCGGAACAUUAAACUCGUUAGGUUGGAAUGAUACUUUAGGAAUUCCUGUUGCUAAUGACAAUCAACCUACAUGUAAAAGCUGUCAUGCUUACAAUGGAACUCAGAACGGAGCAUGUAACGGUAACAUUAUUGCAGGACAUGUAUUGAACAGUGGUUACAUAGAUCAUAGUUCAACUGGACAAGGCGGGGUGAAGGUUUUCAAUUCUCAGUGGGCGAAUGGUGAAGGUAAGUGUAGCCAUGGCGGACGACACGAUUCUAGUAGACAUUUACCAGCCACAGGAGGAAUCAACAAAGAAACUACUUCAACAGUUCUAUCUCCACACUACUAUCUUCAUUCUAAAGCUGGGAAAAUGGCUACUGACGCUACAACUGAUUUCUUUAUCAGAAAUGAAAGUUCCUUGUUGACAGUUGUAGGUUACGUUCGACUUGGCAAACUACUGGGUCUGAACGAGCAAAAUCAUCAAAGUCAAUGUGUUAACUGCAACGAUCCUUCGUUGUCUAUUGUCUUUGUAAUUGACACUACCGGUUCAAUGGCAUCUGAUAUAUUUCAAGUUCGACAAAAGGCUGUUGAAAUGGUUACAAAGGCAAUGAUGCCAGGAUAUUCCCCGUUCAACUAUAUUGUGGUGACAUUUAAUGAUCCUGCUUCAAAAACUACAUAUCGAGUAUCAAAGGACGGAGAAGAAGUCAAACGGUGGUUGAAUGCUUUAACAGUCGAUGGUGGCGGUGAUUGCCCAGAAUACGCCAUGUCUGGCAUAAAAACAGCUAUGCAGCACGCACGGAAUGGUUCGUGUGUUUUCUUUUUUACUGACGCUGAUCCUAAAGAUCCCGAUUUAAGAAAUGACGUUGUUAACCUCAUCCGAAGUAAGGAUCUACAUUUAGUGUCUUUCAUUACGGGACAAUGUCAUGGUCAACUUCAGACUUCACCUCCAAAAAAUGGAACCCACAACAGUGGAGGAGAACCACUUGGGUGUAUUGCUAAAUCUCAAGGUCAUCGUAAGAAGAGAGGGUUUGGUAAUUUCUUUCAAAGUUUAGGCGGCACGUAUAUACCGGUCAAAGACAGGGAUAUCUCAAAACCACUCGACACUCUUUUAGAGAAAAACAUGGCUAUUACAUAUGUCAAUAUUUACACAACAAAGAUAUCCAGUAGAAGCCUUGAUAUCACAGUUGAUAGUCAUAUUUCAGCUUUUACUGUUGAAAUAGAAGAUGCAUCUUCGAAGCCUUCCUCAGCACUAUACAGACCAAUUGGCACAGUAGAGACCUUUUCUGGUAAAAGUUCUUUCAAUGAUAUAGGCAGAAGCACUUAUAUAAUGAGUAUAGUGAGUCCAGUGCCAGGAAUUUGGAUGUUGAAACAUAUGAACUCAGAAACGUGGAUAGUGACUGUUAAACAACAAGGUGAUAUAGAAUUUACUUACCAGUUCCUAGAAGAUGUUCACGGUGCUCUCCUUUCCAUUCAUGGAACGCCACUUGCAGGAUCAACACUUACACUUCUUGUGAAAGUGACCGAUCUUACCUCUGAUGAUUGUCUGGUAUAUGGCAUACUGCUGGAUGAAACAGGAACAGAAAUAACCCGAAUGAGUCUUGCUCAGUCGUCACAAGGCAGGAAGAGAACAGGCAUAGCAGUAUUCAAUGUUCCUAAUAAGGCAUUUAAAAUAGCAAUAGAAGGCACCGAGAAAGGGAAUGUUUUCAAGCGUCAGUCAAAAGACCUUAUACAUCCAGCAUCAGUAUCCCUUCAAAUACUUCAGAGUGACGGAAACCUGUAUGUUGACAAAGACUCGACCGUCAUAAGUAACGUAACAAAUACAGGAUCUACUGAUGAAACUUACCAGGUCCACUUUACUGAUACUGCAGGAUUCACAGAUUCUACAGUAUCUGUUACAGUCGGAGCUGGAAUGUCAAAAAAUGUCUCUUUGACUAUUCGUGGACGAAAAACACAUAAAACAACAAUACUAACCACAAGUCUUUUGCUCGGAGGGAAGGAAAUUCAACAGCAGCAAACUGUAUUCAUGGUUCAACCAAAAAUUCCUCCAACCAUAAAUAUUAAUCUUAAAAGUUCGGAUUGUAUUCCUACUUUUCUGAACUAUUUCAACUGUUCCAAAGAAUUAAUCAAUAUAACAGCAACUGUAGAAACAUCAUCAUUGAAUUUAUACUACACAAAACCACGUCUAGAUCUCAAAAUGAGUAAUAGCAGUGGAAAAUACGUUCUUUCAUUUAGGUAAGAUUUAGAACUAAAUGUAAACUUUGUUAGUCUUGUAUUAUUUAUGAUUUCAGUGUCGUUUAUAUAUU